AAGGGAAAUGGGUAUCUCAUUUUGUUGCCCAGGCUGGCCUUCAACUCCUAGGCUCAAGCAAUCCUCCAGUCUCAGCCUCCUGAGUAACUGGGACUGUGUUUUUUUGUUUUAUUUUGUUUUUAAUUUGGUCUUGAAGUGGAGUUAUAUAGGGUGGGGGGAGGGAGGAUGGAGUAUGACUUGAGGUGUGGGUUAGGUUCUGAAGCGAGCCUAGGUGACAAAAUAGCUUACAAGCAAAGCUACCCUUGAAAUGUCAGGGAGGCAGCAUGUUAAUUGUAGGAAUACCAGUGUUGCAGAACUCUGACAUGGCCAGUGUGAUAUUGUAAAAUAUAUAUUUGGCCUUCAUCCCUGUCUCCUGUGGCAUACAACUCCUAUAAUCCUUGAAAUCUCCAAAAUGAUUAGUGUCUUUUUAUAUGCUAAGGAGCUGACUGAUGGCUGGCAGCCUCUAAGUAACUUGAGCAUGGGGGCUGGUCACUUGAAAGACCCAGGCAGGAUUAGAGGGUUGGGACCUUCAACCCCUCCCCAGUGUCCAACCUCUGGGGAGAGGAGAAGGCAGAGGAGCUGAUGACCACCAGUGGUCACUGGUUUAAUUAAUCAUGUCUAAGUAAUGAAGCUUCCAUAAAAACCCAAAAGACUGGGUUUGGGGAGCUUCUAGAUAGCUGGACAUGAGAGGUUCCUGGAUGAUGGUGCCCCAGAGAGUGCAUGGAAGCUCUGUGCCCUUCCCACAUGCCUCGCCCUAUGUAUCGCUUCAUCUGUAUCCUUUAUAAUAUGCUUUUAUAAUAAACCAUUAUAUGUAAGUAAAGUGUUCUUCUAAGUUCUGUGAACUGGUCUAGCAAAUUAAUAGAACCUAAGGAGGGGGUCAUGGGAACCCCGAUUAAUAGCCAGUUGGUCAGAACCACAGGUAAAACAACCUGCUUCUUGUGGUUGGUACCUAAAAUGGAGGCUAGUCUUGGGGGACUCACCCCUCAACUUAUGGGAUCUGACACAGUCUCCAUCCAGAUUGGUUGUUUCAUUAUGGAUGGAGGGGAUGAUGGUAACCUUGUUAUCAAAAAGAGGUUUGUGUCUGAGGCAGAACUAGAUGAACGGCGCAAAAGGAGGCAAGAAGAAUGGGAGAAAGUUCGAAAACCUGAAGAUCCAGAAGAAUGUCCAGAGGAGGUUUAUGACCCUCGAUCUCUAUAUGAAAGGCUACAGGAACAGAAGGACAGGAAGCAGCAGGAGUAUGAGGAACAGUUCAAAUUCAAAAACAUGGUAAGAGGCUUAGAUGAAGAUGAGACCAACUUCCUUGACGAGGUUUCUCGACAGCAGGAACUAAUAGAAAAGCAACGAAGAGAAGAAGAACUGAAAGAACUGAAGGAAUACAGAAAUAACCUCAAGAAGGUUGGAAUUUCUCAAGAGAACAAGAAGGAAGUGGAAAAGAAACUGACUGUGAAGCCCAUAGAAACCAAGAACAAGUUCUCCCAGGCGAAGCUGUUGGCAGGAGCUGUGAAGCAUAAGAGCUCAGAGAGUGGCAACAGUGUGAAAAGACUGAAACCGGACCCUGAGCCAGAUGACAAGAAUCAAGAGCCCUCAUCCUGCAAGUCUCUCGGAAACACCUCCCUGAGUGGCCCCUCCAUCCACUGCCCCUCUGCUGCAGUCUGUAUCGGCAUCCUCCCAGGCCUGGGCGCCUACUCUGGGAGCAGCGACUCUGAGUCCAGCUCAGACAGCGAAGGCACCAUCAAUGCCACUGGAAAGAUUGUCUCCUCCAUCUUCCGAACCAACACCUUCCUCGAGGCCCCCUAGUUUCUCCGUCCUUACACAGGGGCCUCCUCCCCAAGGGUAGAUCAGACCGUUCGUGCUGCCUACAGGCAUUAUGUCCCUCAAAAAAAAAAAACUUUGCCUGCAUCCUGUGCACAACAUGACAUUUUUAACCAAUCCAAUCUAAAAAUGUGCCAGAAUCCACCUGUGGCCCGAAUUGUGUUUGGUUUCUCGUUCUACUCCAGUGCAGAUGACCAAACCUGUCCCGCUGCCACUUUCCUCACUGAUACUGGGAGGAGGGCAAGGCCCAGCCGAAGUUCCACUAAAAAUGCCCUAGGAGAAUAGGCACCGGCUGGCUUGCCAAAGGGUUUGGGUUUUAUUGCUUUCUGUUUUUUUUUCUUUUCCCGACAGCACAAAGAAGUAAGGGCAGUUAUUGGACAGGUGUUAUUUAAACAUUCUCUUGUAGAUGAAUGUGUUGUUUGGUUCUACUGCAUUGUGGAGCAUGCGGGGGAAGAGAACUGACCCAAGUGAUGAAAUGGAGCCCUUCCCUGCAACUAACCAGUCCUUGAUGUUGUGUGACUAAGUAAAGAUGAUAAACCCCAUCUGCUGGGGGUGUCACUUCACACUCGGCCUGCAUUGUGAAAGCUUUCCAUACCCUUGGCCAUUCCCUCUCUCCUCUCUCUCCAACCCCAUUUAUGCAGGAAGGGACUGCUAACAAGAACGCUUCCAUCUCAAACCUUUUCUCUGCCUGGGAAAUAAAGGAUUUAGUUUAAGAUUCUAAAUUUUAGAGAAACAAACGUAGGCCUUGUUUACUCAUAGCCAGACAUCAGAACUGCAGGUAGGUAUGUUAAUGAGAUGACUUAUUUCUGGCAGCUCCUGGAAUCCUAAUAUUGUAAACGAGUGGGACACACUUGCAUAUCGUGACUGUAUUCUAUUGAGGCCCUUCUCUGUUUAAUGCAUAUUAUACUUGUGCUUUUAACUGUGGAAUCUAUGUCUAACCUAAAGGUGCUGCCCUAGUACUUUUCUUUGCUGCCCCUGCUGCUCUUUUUCCUUUCCAAACAGCAACUCUGAGGCCAUGAGCAGCCAAAAACUAGAGGUACUGCCCCACCUCGUCUCAUAAAGGGAAACGGGCUCAUCCCUUGGAUUCUGGAGGAGGGAGAGGGAGAUGGUGUGGAGGCCUCGAGGACAGAGAUAGACAUGAGCUUUGACGACAAUCUGUAGGCUCUCCUGCUUUAGAAUAAGCGUGUACCAUUCUUUAUCCAUUCUCCUUAUUCCUGCGUCAAUUGUUUUUACUUUCUUGGGUGUGAGACUGAGCGAGACACACAAAAAAUGUGUUGACACUGAUGCCGGCAGGCAGAGCAGCUACCGACUUUGAACGUGGGCAGAGAGGCCCCUGGAUCUCAUCCAGCCCACUCCUUUUCCCCUUCCAGUGCAGUGACACUCUGGUGCCCGUUGGCAGAUGGCGACUUCCCUGCACCCAUAGCUGAUGCUUUGUGAAUUCUUCCUCCUUUUCAGAACUACUCUGUGCUAAUUGUUCCUGCCAGUAUGGGCGCAUCAGCUCCAUCCUAACAAACAAGACGUUAGGUAAAACUGUGUAGGCACCUUCUGCUUCUCUGCUUCAUUGUUCCUGUGAUAGUCCUGUUGUUGUUACAGCAUGUACCCAAAACAGCCUCACAUUGUUACAGGAGGCAGGCCAGGGCAUCAAAGUCACCAUCUUUAUGUGGCGUGACUCUUAAGAGGCCAUUACUGUACCUCAUGGCCUCUUGAUGUGGAAAGAAGUUGACAAAGGGUUGCAGGGUUUAAAAACAUACAUUAACAUGAAAGCUAAUAAACCUGUCAGAGAACAA